AUGCCGGCAAAUGCCGUUGAUAAUAGUUCUGUAGUAUCCUCUUCUUAUUCAGAUGUUUCAUAUGUAUCGGACACGAGGAAACGACAAUAUAAAAAAGAUGAAUCUCUUCGAAGGAAAAUAGCUACGGAACUGAGCAAGAAAUCAGCAAAUCUUGAUUCCCCAGCUAAAUCCACAAAGCGACAUGGUGAGCCUGGAACUGUUGAAAGCGUUGCACUUGAUGCAGCAUUGACAGUUCAUAUGCAUAGCUCGAUAACGGAAACAGCCCAACUGAUGGCGGCCAAACGACAGGACUGUGUUUUGGUUGUAGACGAGGAAGGACAAUUAACUGGUAUCCUGACUUCGAGUGAUAUUGCAACGAAAUGUGUGGGUGCUGGGUUUGAUGCUCGACAAACUUAUGUAGCUGAUAUAAUGACAAACGGCCCUAUAUGCAUUACUAACGAUACAAGAAUUGAUGCCGCACUUGAAUUGAUGGUAGAACAUCAAAUCCGACAUCUUCCUGUGGUAAGCGACGGUGAAGAUGGCGAUGAAGGAGAUGUCAUUGGAAUCAUCAACAUGCGAACAUGUUUACAUGAACCUCUAGAUCGAAUCUCCCGUCAACAAGAAGCUGCCGAACGGCUUGUGGCUGCUCUCGAAGGCGCUCAAGAAGAAUUGGAAGAUAAGUCCGCUUCUGGAAGCGCCAAUAACUCUUCUCAUUCAGGUGGUCCACAUGCGGCAGAAUUUGUUGAAUACGUAGAAUCUCUCAGAAAGAAGGCCUCAGGCCAAGAUGUAUUAUCUUUGAUUGAAACUACCCAAGAGCCAGUCUUGGUGGGCACACGAACUACCGUGGCUGAGGCUGCAGAAUCCAUGGCCCAUGCGAACGUUUCUUCCGUUCUUGUAAUGGAAAAUGGUGCUGUUUCUGGUAUCUUUACCUCUCAUGAUAUUGUGCUUCGCGUUCUUGCUGCAGGGCUCGAUUCUUUUCGUUGCUCUGUCAUCCGAGUUAUGACUCCUCACCCAGAUUGUGCUCUCAUUGACCUGCGAGUGAGCACGGCCCUUGAAAGAAUGCUUGAAGGAAAAUUUCAUUUUCUUCCUAUUGUUGACGAAGACGACUCUAUUGUUGGCUUGCUUUCGCUUUUCCAACUAGCAACGGCAAUCCUUGCUGAGCAGUCUCCUGAAGAAGACGAAGGUAUAGAACAUGAAAAUCAAGAGCUCGAAGAAAAUAUUUUGUCGAAAACCGCUUCACAAGAAAACCAUCCCCUCUUGGCUCCUUCCAACGGAGAUAUCGAUUUGACACCCAAAGUACCUGGCCCUAACCAAGGUAUUAUUCCCUCCCAUCAGCCAGGUUUACCUGAAUCCGAUGUGCUUCCCGUUCCUUUGACAUGGCAAGAAACAGAUAACCAUCCAGCCGAAAAAGAUACUCAGUACGCACAUUCCCUUCACGGAUCCCAUGUUUCCUAUCGUUCAGGACAAUACCCACUUUCCCCAACCCGCAACAACGAAUUUACGUAUCCCGGACAACCUUCCGCUCUUGAUGCAUAUGGGGCUUCGGAUAUACACGGCUAUGGAGCCUCGCAUACGGCACCUUCAUACGUUGGUUCGCUUUCUCAGUUUCAAGGAAACCCUUCAAUUAUGGAACAAGCAUUACAGGAUUUAGUGCAGCCGACCGAUUCCGCCUCUCAAAUCUUUCCCAUUCCACGCCCCUCUCCUUCGCAAUUUAGCAUAAAAUAUCGGUCAACGAUUGGACGAGUUCAUCGUCUUCGUUUAGAUCAAAUUAAUUCAUUAAGUGAUCUACAAAAGGCGGUCUCAAAUCGGGAAAACGAGCCAAACAUUACACUCACCUAUAUAGACGACGAAGGAGAUGUUGUUGAAAUUACAAGCGACGCUGAUCUUCGAGAAGCAAUCUUUUUGACUCGUCGGCGCGGACUUCCACGCUUAGAAAUUCGUGGUGUGGGAGCGAAUAGUCAUAUUGUUGAUGGUUUCAAUCCCGUUUUAUCGACGGUUGGAAGCAGUGCUGGAACUGCAUCCAUUUUGCAACCUAAAAUACCUACGGAUGAACCCGUUUUCAGUUCACCGAAGCCUUCAGCGGCAUCAACAAAGAAGCCUUCUGACCGGUCAUUAGCUUUUGCCGGCGUGGUGUCUGGAAGUAUUGCCGUAGUACUCUUAUCAGCUUGGUUUUUACGUCGCAGGCGUUGA